AUGGCUGAGGGCACCCUAGAACCCACUCUCCCGCUGGCCAGUGAGGAGCUCGGAGCGGCGGGCGGAGGAGAGCGCAUGUCGCCCAUCAGCCCUCCGUCUUCCGAGCUCGACCCGAACGACUACGCGCCCGCGCAAGAGCACACCUUCUCCGACGUCGAAACCGUCUGCUCCUCCGGCUACGGCGAAACUCCUUUUCCGACCCCCAGCAACGACUCGGUUAUUGUCGUUGAGUUCACGACUACUGCCGACGUUCCUGUGCAGCCAACUCCCGCCGCUCCCACUACCGGACACGAAAGCUCGAAUAUCAAUUCCGGACACGGCAGUAUGGAGGCGAGUGGUGCCAAUACGCCUCUUGUGGAUUUGUCUGCUGCCUCGAGCACCCAGGUUCGGCCUGGUGGUGCGCCGGCUCGUGUGUAUCUGAACGAGAAGAUCGUUCCGCACUUGUUGGAGGGGAUGAAGUCUGUUGCGAGGGAACAGCCCUCCAAUCCCCUCAAGGUUCUUGGGGAGUUCUUGCUCCAGAAGAGCGAGGAGGUUGAGCGCGAUUCCAAGAAGGAAUCGGAGUAG